CUCGCACUCCUCCGCCCCACCCUCCCCUCCACCUCAUCCCUGUCCGCAACGCCCGGCCUGUGGCGGCUCAUCCCCUCCCACCUUCCUCCGGCAGCCUUUUCAUCCUCGACGCCUCCCCUUUCCUUGCCGACGGAUCGCAGUCGCAGCAGAUUAUUUUUGCGAUAAACAGUAGAAGUCCAGCCUAAUUGUUCAACAAUGGAGACAAUACACAAAAAUAAGGCAUUAAAAGCUGGUUCGCAUGUGGAUAAUGAUGCAGCUGAAGAUAAAUCAAGUGCUGUUGAAUGCGAUCCGUGGAACCCUCCCUUUCCUCCCUAUGAUUCUUCUACUCAUAAAUCCUUCUCAGAGUGGCGCAAACAAAGAAGCGCUAUGCUCAUAGUCUCCAGAGCAACCAAUAUAAUUAUCCCGGAUCGUACUCCUAAGAUUGCGAAUUCUGAGUUCUACAAGUUAUAUCCCGACUUGUUGCCCAUCCUGGAGAAAGAUAGUGCCCAGUGCUUCCUUCGCUUGUACGCCGACUACAGGUACAACAUGGCUCGUAAUUACAUCAUUAUCCCAGAAGUCCUCAACCAGAUGAUUGUUGAAGAUGCCCUGAAUUGUGCAAAAGUUGUCCUGGAGGGCAAGGCUCCUGUGCUCGAAGGUUUCCGUGCGAAUCCGAACUGUAUGAAUCAGUAUGGAUACUUCCCCCUGCACGAAGCUACAGAAAGGUUCUCUGUUGAAAUGAUCAAGUUACUCCUCCAUCAUGGUGCGUUGACUAAUUUACGCACAGCGGGCGAUUUAGUCAUUGAGGGCCUACUCCCACUCCAUGUUGCGGUUGAGGAUACUUGCUUGCACAAGUAUCUGCAGGAUAAUCUACUUCCCAACCAGGAGCACCCCAAUCAUCCAACAAAGGAAGAUGCCAACUUUGUCUAUAAGAUUAUUUAUCUUCUGUGCCUACCCGAGAUGAAAAUUUUCUUGAAUACUACCAGAUUACUUUCUGAACAUACAAAUAAUCUAGUUGAGGAGGUCUGGAAUUAUAUAAAGGAUGGGAAACUGUUGCAAACAGCAGUUCUGCUCCUGGCAGCUCAAGCACAUAUACAUGUGAUUGAUGGAUUUUCUACUAUCAUUACUCGCAUUGCUGAAGAAAGCACUACCAUAAAAUUUGAGAUUAGUCAAGACGAAAAGGAAAAGCUGGAUUUGGAGGCGAAGUGUCAACAUUUGUUAUCUGCAUUGUUGCUUGUCCAAAUAAUUGACAAAGCUGGCAACGCUCUUGAUUUGUGCAUUCAGAGGCGUAAAGAGGUGGCUCAAACAAAAGUCCUUGAACGUGUUUCACAGAUUCUUAAUGGUUGUGGGUUUUUCCCUACUGGAGGAGUCAUCCGCAUUGGAAGCCUCUGCCCUUAUGAAUGGUCGCCGUUGCCCGGAGAUGAACUGCCCAAAGAAGAUGGUGGGUGUAGAUGUGGCUAUAUAUUGUUACCCAGAGGUGAAACACCUCAUCUCUGUCGUGCAUAUAAGGAUAAUCUUUAUAGGUAAAACUAUGCAUAUAGUAUGCGCACGGCCAGCUAAGUAGCACCGAUAUGGGGAUACGCAUAUGCUGACACAGGACACGUCAUUUUCCAGAAACAGUCAUACAGGGAUACGGGUUGCAUGACCAAAAGAAGAGAACAAAAUUGGGCAGAGAAUGCAAAUGCUAGUAAUCAAAUUCGAAUUAGUCAUAAUCACAAUCAUUUUGGUACGAUUACCCCAAAUAUACUGCAACCCUGUAGAUUGUAAAAUAUUAUCCACUGCCAGACUUGACAACUAGAGCUCUUUCUUGUUAUUGAGAUAACUAAAGUACUUCCCACAUCCUAAAUUAAGUGACUCAGUUUUGUCUAGAUUAGCAUGUAUCUACACACUAAAAUGCGUCUAGAUACAUGUGAAUCUAGACAAAUCCGGGUCACUUAAUUUGGGACAGAGGAAGUACAUUGUUUACCAACUUGCUUGAUCUUACUGUUAGUGAAUAAUUUAUGCAAUCUAUUUGGGUCCACUGGUCGAAUUUACUCAAAUAUUGCUAGCGAAAAGCUGGUAGGAAGAGCAAAAGCAUGUUUCACGUGCUAUAUUUCAGACGUGCAACUUACCAUGUUACUUAUCCAUGCUUUUCAAGUACUUUCAAAGAACAUUGUAAACACUCUAUGCAUCAAUAAUGCAGAUAAUAUGUAUAUUUUCAAGUUAAUGCUACUGGGCAGGCAACCUGAAAUAUGUGAAUAUUUGGGAUUUAUUCAAUUGAGUGGAAAAGGUAGUGGUGGGUGGUUUAAUAAGCUUUUUACAAUCAACUGAUGUUUAGACCUUUU